CGGUCCUCCAGGGCGUACCAGAGCUAUGUGAUGCUUGGAGAGAGAUCGCGCCAUUGGACUAUGAUCCCAUGGCCCUAGUGUCCCCUCUCGAUGGACAUCCGCGUUGAUUCUGGCUCAUGAGUCAUCCCAGUAAUAUAUAAGAGCAAGCCAGUACUAUAUACAUUGUCUCAUCUCUAGUUUAACUGAUUUACUACGACUCCUUCCGAACAGUCGACUACCAGCAUUUAAAUACAUAGUCUUGCAAUCACUCAGCUUACAGCGCAUCAGAGACGAUGGGGAGGACUCUAACAUACCCGAAGCGGCCGUCAAACACUGUCAACCGCUACAAGCACCGAGCAACCUAUGAUCUAGGUGCCAUCCAUGGCAUCAUCAACUCCACUCAGGUUCUUCAUGUAUCAUUCAGUCCCGAUCCAUCGGAGCCAUUCCCUGCAAUCUUGCCCAUGAUCGGACAGAUGGGCUCAUUCGAUUACCCUUCAGCUAGCAUUGACGAGCCUCUCGACUGCUAUCUUCAUGGCUAUGUCAGCUCUCGAAUCAUGAAUUUGGCUCGGGAUGCUGAAGGAAAAGGGUUACCUGUUUGCGUGGCUGCUAGCAAGGUCGACGGUUUGAUCUUGUCUUUGACACCGAACUCCCAUAGCUAUAACUACCGCUCAGCCAUUCUCCAGGGAUAUGCUAAGUUAGUCACGGAUGAAGCCGAGAAGCUCUAUGCGAUGGAGCUUAUAACCAAUUCGGUGCUUUCGGACCGUUGGGCACAUACGCGCGUCCCACCAGACCGUGCAGAGAUGUCUUCGACCGUCAUCCUCAGGGUCAAAAUCAUGAGUGGCAGUGGCAAAAUUCGAGAUGGUGGCGUCUCGGAUGAGAAGAAAGACACAGGUGAUGAGGAGGUUACCAAUCGUGUUUGGACGGGGGUUGUCCCCGUUUGGGAGACGUUUGGCGAGCCUAUUCCUAGCCCCGGGAACAAGGUGUCCGAAGUACCAAGCUAUGUGAAUUCAUUUGUUGCCGCAAAGAACGAUGGAAAUCGCGCUUAUGCGGAGAAGGCCGUUGGGAUCAAGCUUCCACUAGAGGAACAACAUUGAGCCUGAUAGGCGAGAUUCACGCUGUCACGUUUCUUUUACUUUCAUUAUUUUUGAGCGUAUGAGACUGAGUUUGCUGCUUUGAAGCAUGAAUUAACGAUGCUGUCGUGACUAUAACGCGUUAAAAGAAUAUACGUUACAAGGAU